UGCAAGUGGCAGGAGUUUGGUCCACUCUGGAUAAACUAUAGACUGAGUAGACUAUUAAAAUGAGUUCACUUUAGUUAAUAAUCCAUCAAAGACACUGAAGUCAGCCAAACUGUCAGUGAUUGUAAAAGGUAGUGAUCCUGUGGUGUGCCUGAGAGCGUGUUCUGAGGCCUGAGACUCCCUGUUUUCAAGAUGUCUCCAUUUCUUAUGAAAUGAAAUGACAUAGUGACCCAUCCAGGAGGGGUCUUUAUACAGCUCCAGGUUUAUCAGUAGAUAUUGGCUAUGUAAGGAAUUUCCACAGGCGAGGCAGGGUAAAUCUUCAAGGUUGGGUCACUACUCCUACUGUCACAUCCUUUUUUAUGUGUCACAUGUGAUUACCAUUGCUUUAUUUAGUACAUCUAAGGUCUAUAUUGGAUUAUCAGCCCAGUGAUGCAUGGACAAGUGUGUCAUUUCAAACUCAAAAACACAUUGGUGUGUGUAGGGGGUGGGGUUGUAACAACUACAGCAAGAAAACAUUGAAAAUGAAAAAAGUAGGUGUAAGAUGUUGUCGAGGACAUUUGUCAAUACAACAGAUAUUAAGUGUGAUUACUUGUCAGAUGAGUAAUCUAAUGAAUAGAGAUGUUAUGGUUGAGUUCACUGAAGUCCCUCUUAAUGAGAGCAUCAAAUCCAGUAAACUUAGAAGGUUAAUGUAAAAUGGCAGAUACUGUUAAUGUUUGAGUAGGUAUAAGAGGUAGAUGAAAUGAGCUGCUAAAAUGGACAUUGACCUUAAACCCAGUUAACCAUAUCCAUUGUAAAAGUGUCAUUAGAUGAGGACUUAAAGUCAGUAAGAAGUACUGAUAUUGAAAUGAAAAAGAGGACAUCAGUCUGUCCAGUGUAUUUGUGAGCCCAAUUAUGACACAGCCCAGGAAUGCCAAGAAAAGUGUUUGUCUGUAGGAAUCAUAUUGAACUAUAAAUACAGAGAAAAUAAUAACGAACAACAGUGACAUUAAAAUGCUUUACAAUGAUGACUUAAUGUGUUGGAGAGACUUUGACUAUCCUCGACAAUCAUUAAACAAAAAUAUAGAUAAGUAAAUCCCUGUAGUUUGGCAGUGUUUGGCGGAAAAUUGUACUCCUCACUUUUUAAGCCAAGGCAGUGACUUGUCAGUAUGUUGAAGUCUGUAUCUGAAGAAUUUGUUUAGAGAUAAAUGCUGAUGUCUGCUCUUUUUUACUUCCUGUGAGAGCAGAUUAGAUAACCUAGCUCUGAAUGUUUUCCACUUAUGUUCCUUACAGGUUUGAACUGUGGCAGCUUGUGAAUUGACUUGUGCACAUUGCUGACUGGUGUCGAUUUUUGUAACCCAUAAUGCACGAAGCAGGAUUUGGACAUACACGCUCAGAAAGUGUGAAAUCUGAAAUAUUUUGUGUUACAAGAGGUGCUGCUUCUUCAGUUUUCAGUUUUUUUCUUUCUUUUCGCAGAUUAGGUUUGUUUUGGAAAAUGAGGUAAAACUCAGGUUAACAUUUAAGCGACACUUUACAUAAUUCUCUCAAGCAGAAAUAAAGCUUUGGGGCAUUUUGUGACAUCUAGUGGAUGCUGUUUUGUGUCAGUUUCCUUGGUUACUGCAUGAUCUUUGUUCAUGAAGGAAAUUAUUCAUGUCAUCCACAUAAUGGACUGAGUUCAGUUCUUCCUUUUCGUCACAGAUAGAAGAUAAGCUAGCUUUGAUGAAGGUGAAUUAUUUUUGCAUAAAUACUGUUCAGCAGGGUUGUUCAGAUUCACAGCAUCGUCAGGACUGCAGGUUCCAACGUCUGUCGAGCAGGUUCCAAACUGAUUGAGAAAAAUAACAUUGCUUAACAUGGAGACUGCAGUGUUCACCUGCUGGCUCAUUUUUCUGCUCUUCAGCCCAGCUGUUCCCAUGUGUUUACCCACUGACUUCACCCUUUAUGUGGAGAGGCCAGAGUGCGACUAUUGUGUGGCCAUCAACACUACCAUCUGCAUGGGAUUUUGCUACUCAAGGGACAGCAACAUGAGGGAGAUACUCGGCCCACGCUUUCUUAUCCAGAGAGGCUGUACCUACGACAAGGUGGAAUACCGUACAGCCAUACUGCCCGGCUGUCCCGUCGAUGCCAACCCUGUCUUCACCUACCCUGUGGCUCUCAGCUGCCACUGUGGUGCCUGCAAGACAGACAGCGACGAGUGUGCACACAGGGCCAGCGUGGACGGAGCUAGGUGUACCAAACCAGUCAGACGUAUCUACCCAUACCCUGGACAGAGCAACUACUUGAUCCCUUUCUGAUUCUUCUGUUAUCGUUCAUAGCUUGUCUCUUUUUUCAUUAAAAUUACAAUGUUGCAUUUUGUUUGACGUCAUCCUUUAGCUUGGGAUGGAUACAGUUACAUCUGCACUGUCUGUACUGAUAGGCCUAACUACUGUACCAGCCUCUUUUUAUUGUGCCUUUGUUGCCCAACCUGUCUGUGCUGCAGCUCUGCUUCUCAGUUUACAAUGGGGGGUUGGCCCAGUUGCAUUUUUUGUCAGCUUCAUUAUUUAUCGUCCUGUACACUUGUGUGUGUGUGACUCUUGUACUUAUUAUGUUUACUCUGAAAGGGGAUACUCUGAGUGCAACUCAAUUAAAGCUGAAGUCUCUAAAUAGC